AUGGCUCUUUUUAUGAAGGUCCAGGCCUCAAGCCUUAUUGCGGGCCUUCGUCGCGGGCGCCCUGUCUCGGGUCGCCGCGCCUUGGUCACCAUGGGCAAGGUGGAGCUCAAGGCCCCUCCUUACCCACUGGAUGCCCUGGAGCCUCACAUGAGCAAGCGGACUUUAGAGUUGCACUGGGGCAAGCACCAUCGCGCUCAUGUGGAUAACUUGAACAAGCAGAUCGAAGGCACCCCGCUUGCCGGCAAGAGUCUGGAGGAGAUCUUCCUGAAUAUCUAUAGGGGCGGUGCGUAUCGGAACAAUAUACCGGUCUUUCACAACGCUGCCCAAGCCUGGAACCACACAUUUUUCUGGGAGAGCAUGAAGCCAAAUGGUGGUGGUGCACCUACUGGCAUGCUGGCUGAGGCAAUUGCGCGCGAUUUCCGUGGCUUUGACAAUUUCAAGGCGUAUUUUAGGCAUGCAGGCAUGAAUCAAUUCGGCUCAGGCUGGGCCUGGCUCAAUACCAACGAGUCGGGCAAGCUCAUGAUAUUCAAUACGCCGGACGCCAUGAACCCUCUCGUUGAGACCAAGUUAAGGCCUAUCCUUACUGUGGACGUGUGGGAGCACGCCUACUACAUCGACUUCCAGAACCGUCGGGAAGACUACCUAAACACCUUUAUUGAGAAGUUGAUCGACUGGGACGUCGUGGCCAAGCGUUACGCAGCUGCUCAGCAGUGA